AAGAGGUGGACUUUGAGCAUUGUGGGGAGAGGGAAAGCGAGACCUUCAACAACUUGUUGCUUUACGAUCGUGAUGUUUGUUGUAAAAUGGAUCGGAUUCUCAAAGGUAUAAUGAGGUACAGAAAUGUCAAGAAGGAAAAAAUGGUCAAGCAGUUCAAAGAAGUCAAAGACAAUCCUAUGCCGAAAGCUGUUUUCUUUACAUGUAUUGACAGUAGAAUGAUACCGACAAGGUUUACACAAACUAAUGUGGGCGAUAUGUUUGUAGUGCGUAAUGCUGGCAACAUCAUCCCGCAUUCCCAACACUUUUUGGACGAACUGACUACCAAUGAACCCGCAGCCCUCGAACUGGGCUGUGUAGUGAACGACAUCCGCCACAUCAUUGUUUGUGGUCACAGUGACUGCAAAGCCAUCAAUCUCUUAUACAAACUACAAGACAGUGAAUUUGCUUCUCAGGAUAAUCGAAGAAUAUCACCCCUUAGAGCCUGGCUAUGUACACAUGCUCUCACAAGUUUAGAAAAAUUUCAACAACUGCAAGUGACAGACUACGGCAAACCUCUAAUUUUUCAAGCCGAAACCCCUAUGAGAAAAUUCGUUGCUUACAUCGAUCCCGAAAACAAAUUUACAAUAGAAGAUAAGCUAUCGCAAAUCAAUACUUUGCAACAGUUACAAAAUAUCGCAAGUUAUGGCUUUUUAAAAAAGAGAUUGGAGAAACAUCAACUGCAUAUUCAUGCCCUUUGGUUUGAUAUUUACACAGGCGAGAUUUAUUAUUUUAGUCGGGGGGCGAAAAAAUUUGUGGUCAUUGAUGAAGAGAAUUUCCCCAAAUUGCUCCAAGAGGUGGAAAAAUAUUAUUCGUGAAAUGAUUAAGACUGCGUUUUUUGUUGUUGUGUUAAUCAAUUAAUUUAUUUUUAUAUAUUUUUCUAAUAAGAAAUAAAGUUUAAUAAAUGUGGUUCAUUUAUAAACACAGAGUUUAGGCAACACAUAAUAUAGAUGCGGUUCGUUGCUAUUUUUUUUUAAUUUUCAAGUAUUUUUUAUUACAAAAUGCAAAUGUGUCGUGCUUAAACUAUUACAUACCAUUAGGCCGUUUUGAAGUGAUGAGAUGUCGCUACCAGUGCACUACAAUUCACCACCACCACCACCUAUAGAAAAAUAAGGAAAAUAAUGAAAAGAAAUAAAAGAAAAUGUUACGGAACUGUUACCUUCAUAUUGUAUUUGUAACAAAUUAUCAUAAAUAUAUUCGUUAUAGGGGAAAUAAUUGUAUAAUAAUAUUGCUACACAAUCUUAAUGAAAAGAAGGAAAAAAAUAUAACAAGUGUGAAACAAAUCGUAACAAUAAGGAAAAAUGAGUGAAUAAUGAUUAAUGUCAAUGAUAUGCACUUACCGAGGAUGGGCCAAGCAAAGAAACUUACAAUCAUAAUUGAUGUUUCUUUUAUUGAUGUAGCUAUCAACAGAGGAUGCCCACUGUUCGGAUCACACAAUCAAUCAAUAUUUUACAAUCACAAUGCACUCAGUGCAUCAGUCUAAUAUAUUAGGCACAGUGUACAAAAAGACAACGAAAACCAAAUGCUAUGUUCAUCUUAUUACAAAGAAAUGGUGAGAAAUGUGGCUGGUUUUGUAUAUAUAAAGUAGUAGCACCUACAAAAACACAAUAUUGUCCCUAAAUAUACAUUUAAUCAAUAUUUACAAAAUCUGGUGAGAUGAACGCAUUCGAGAUUUCUAAGUCUAAACAUAGCAUUUGCGGGUUUUCCAGCCUCGCUUUAAACUAUUCAUUUUUU